AUGGGUGCGACUGUGAACACGUCCGAGAGGCUAACGAAGCUCAGAGAGCUCAUGGGGAAGAAGGAGAACGACGUCAAUGUGUACGUCGUUGUGAGCGAGGACCAACAUGGCAGUGAAUACAUCGCGGAAUGCGACGAACGGCGGGCAUUUAUAUCUGGAUUUACUGGAUCUGCUGGAUGCGCAAUCAUCACGCCCAAGGAUGCCUUGUUAUUUACUGACGGCAGAUAUUUCUUGCAAGCAGAGAGCCAGUUGGACAAGAACUGGAAGCUAAUGAAACAGGGUCUACCUGAUGUACCGACGUGGCAAGAUUACUUGACCAAGCAUCUCGAAGAAUCGUCAAGGAUUGGUAUCGACGCGACACUUAUCACCGCUGAAGAUGCCUCCUCUCUCUCAAAGAAUCUGUCACCUCGAAAAUCGACGCUUGUUUCCCUACCUCAAAACUUGGUGGAUCAGGUGUGGACGGAUCGUCCCGCACGACCCAAGAAUCCUAUCGUCCAUCUCGAGGAGAGGUUUUCUGGCGAAUCGCACGAAUCGAAGCUUACCCAUUUACGCGACGAGUUGGGGAAGAAACAGUGCACGGCGAUCGUACUCACGGCCCUUGAUGAAAUCGCUUGGCUGUAUAACCUGCGCGGAUCGGAUAUCGACUUCAACCCGGUGUUUUUUGCAUACGCAGUCAUCACGAUGGACAGUGCGACCUUGUUCGUCCAAAAUGGUGCCCCGGCGGAUGUCGAUGUCAAGCCAUACGAGGAAUUUUGGACGUUCCUGAAAGAGUUUAAGUCGGAAGGCAAGGUUCUGAUCACGGGCAAAUCCAGUUUGGCAGUAGCCGAGACUGUUGGAAAGGACAACUAUGUUCUUCUACCAUCUCCUGUUUCUUCAUUAAAGUCGAUCAAAAACGCUACAGAGCUUGAGGGAUUCAGGCAGAGUCACAUCCGUGAUGGCGCAGCUUUGGUGAAAUACUUUUCUUGGCUGGAAGAUCAGCUCAACCGAGGCGAAAAACUUUCGGAGUGGGGUGCUGCAAGCAAACUGGAAGAGUACCGAGCUGAGCAAGCUCUCUUCAAAGGUCUGAGCUUCCCCACGAUCUCGUCAACUGGCUCCAAUGCUGCCAUCAUACACUAUUCUCCGGAUUCGAAGGAUUCUGCGAUAAUUGAUAAGGAAGAGAUCUACUUGUGCGAUUCAGGAGCUCAAUUCUUCGACGGUACGACUGAUGUGACUCGGACAUGGCACUUCGGCACGCCGAAACCAGAAGAAAUCCGUGCGAAUACCCGGGUUCUUCAGGGGCAUAUUGCGAUAGAUACUGCUGUGUUCCCCAAUGGGACGACUGGCUAUAUUAUUGAUUCAUGGGCCCGACGAGCGCUAUGGCGAGAUGGACUCGACUACAGACACGGUACGGGUCACGGAGUAGGUCACUUCCUCAAUGUCCACGAAGGACCUCAUGGUAUUGGUACACGCAUCAAUCUGAACGCGACUGCACUGAAGCCUGGCAUGACUGUGUCGAAUGAACCUGGUUACUAUGCCGACGGCAAGUUCGGUAUUCGGAUAGAGAAUAUUGUAUUGGUCAAGGAGGUCGAGACGCCGAAUAAUUUUGGCAACAAGGGUUACCUGGGUUUUGAGCAUGUUACAAUGUGUCCGAUGCACAAGAAACUGUUGGACACAACAUUGCUGACUGUGGAAGAGACGAAAUGGCUUAAUGACUAUCAUGAAGAAGUCUGGCAGAAGGUGUCGCCAUUGUUGCAAGACGAUAAGCACGCUUUGGAUUGGUUGGAGCGGGAGUGUUCACCCAUUUAA